CUUUUAAAACCAAUUAUUAAUUUCAAUUAAAGUGCAAUUUAAAUCAAGAGAAAAUGUCGAAUCGGAACAGUCUUUCUGCUCAAUCAGCCUCUUCAAAUUCUCGCUAUGCUCCCUCUUCAACAGCUUCUUCCACUUCCAAUUCUAAUUCAAAUAUUAUUUCCUACAAGAAAUCAGCCAAAGUCAAAAGUAGCUUGAAUGAAAAUAGAAGAAAAGCAUUGAAGGAUUUUUAUAAAUUAAACCAGACUCAGAAUAAUAAAUCAAACAUAAAUAAAAUAGAUAACCUAGAAAAACUAGACAAUGUUGACAAGAAUUUAGUUUCGGCCAGCAAUACCAGUGCCACUGACUCUAAUAUCGAUUAUAAUAAUUUAGAAACCAUAGAUUUAGAAAAAGAAGAAGAUUUGAAUGAAAUUUUGAAAAAUGCUUCAAUUAAAGAUUUGAUUAAGUUUGAGAAUGAAUUGAAUUAUAAGAUCAAUAUGUCUAAAUCCCUAAUAAAAAACAUCAUUUAUAAUAACUAUUUUGAAUUAAUUAAAAUUAACAAGUUCUUGAUAAAUUUAGUCAACAACAACAAUGAAAACAACAACAAUAGUAUUAACAAGUUCAAUACUGAUGCUACUAAUUUUAACUUGAGCGUGACAAGUUUGAAUUUUAUCAAGACUUCAAAUGAUUUUAACAACGAUGAUCAUAAUACUAGUAAGGAAAAUAGGAGCAAGUUUGCAGUCAGUAAAGAUAUAAAUAACCUUGAUCCCAACGAUAUAAUCAACAAUUUGGAUCUAUUGAGGGAAAGCAUUUCAGAUUUAAAACGAAAUUCACUUGAGCUUUCUAAUAUCGUUUAUAUUGAUCCAAUCAACUUUAAUGACCCUAAUCUAAAGAUAUCGAAUCAAGUCACUAAUUUGUUGUCGAUACAAAAUAACGACCCUACUUCUUUUAUAGUGCCGGCUAAGAGUUCAUCGGCUAAUCAGAUUAAAAAUAGUAACAUGGGCAGUAAUAAAAUCAUAUCAAAUUUUUCAAAUAGUAGCAAAAUUGAUUUAGCGAAUAAAAACGGUAUGAACACUAUCAAUAAUACUGGAAAUAGUAACAAUGCCAUUAGUGGUAAUACCAAUCACAAAAGUCAUAAAAAUAGCAAAGCUAACAAUAUGAACAACAAAAAUAGUAAUAAAAACGGCAGUUUUGACGAGGAUGAUUGGGAAUUGUUGAAAAUGAACUUUUUGAAACAGUUUCAGAGUUACGACAAUAAAAAAUUUUUUCAGAAGGAGUUGUUUAAAUUGAUCAUGAUUAUAGAAAACGAUAAAAUUAACAUCACUGAUCAAAACAAGAUUGAUAAUCGAAUGGAGAAAAUUGAGAAAAAGCUCGUUCUUGACCAGUUAAAGGACAUACUAAGCAAGAUCAAAGACGAUGAAAUGCCCAUUUGAGUAUCCACUUAGCUGCUUUGUUUAAUCGGUUUCUUUAUUUGUUUAUCUAAUUACCUAUUUGUCUGGUUGUCCUUCUCAAUCAACUGCUUUUAGUUUUAGUUUUAAAUUUGCUGCAUCAUCGCUAUGAUUCUGAUCAGUGCCCUUUCCUUAUUGGUGGUAAUUCUGAGAGAAAAUUUCAGGUGUGAUGAUGCGCAGUCCGUGUGUUCUAUGCAAGCGCGCAUAUUCCGCAUGUGAGUACAGAAAUAUUGUAAAAUUAAAGAAAAUGCCUGUUGAAAGAAUUUGAUGAUAAAACCAGAGUGAAGAAGUGAAAUAAAAAAAAAAAUUAAAAAUCAAACUCACAAAAAAUAGGAAAAAU